AGUACAAACGUCUAGUGUUUUCUAUAUACAUUCCACAUGUUUUAGUACUUAUAGUUGCAUACUAUUAGUACUUAGAAUGUAAUUUCCGCCCCUUGAUACACUUCUUUAGUUAGUAUUAGUACUUUGUACUGUACUGUAUGAAGUGAAGGAUUUUAGCCAAUUGUAUGAUAACUGAGAUGUAUUCCUAUUGCAUUCUCUUGGUGGUUAGUGUAUUGUCUGUAUGUAGUGGUGUAGAAGACCAGUGGAAAGUACAAGAAUUUCCGAACCCGAUAUAUCAAGUAGAAGAUUGUGGAAGGUCGGCAGAUGUUGAAAAAUCAUGGAUAUGUGAUCCGAACAAAGUCAUAUCUGAGCAAGACGUUAAUGAUAUCAGUGAUAAGCUUGUUGAGAUACAUACCAAUUCAAGAUGUAACUGUGAAAUGUGCAUCCGAAACAAAACUGGAUAUGUUGUCAUGGUUGCCAUUAUGCCAAGAAUGCAUAGGAUUAUCAAUGCAUCAGAUAGCAUGGCUGACAUAAUGCAAGAUGCCAGGGUGUAUUCCUAUUAUCUAAGUUUGUACUGGGGUUCUUUUGCUACCUGCAAUGAAUUGGUCUUGUUGUUGAUUUCAAGAGAUGACGGUGUGGUUUAUACAUUAACACAGAGCGAUGCAAGAAAAAAGCUGACAGAUGAACUGGUUACAAAAAUAACGCUUGAUAAUCAGAAAUACUUUGAUGGAAAGGACAGAGUCAAGAUAGGACAGGGGAUCAAGUCAAUGAUCAAUAAAUAUGGAAUUUUGCUGAGAGGGCAGUCCAUAGAAUAACAUUCAACAAGAGACCAGUCAUUGAAAAAGGAAUAGCAAGUGUGUCUUGAAAUAUAUUUGUUAGAGACAGAAGUAUGUGACAAUAAAGAGAGGAAGAGUUUUCAUGUAAAUAAUGUAUGAGACUGUGAAAUAAACUGUAUUUGUUAAAAUGUUUAUAUUUACAUUGUAUAAUAAAAAAUUCAAGCUAA